AUGAUCCUUACCAUGUCCGUGCUCGAGCACGACGUCUUAGUCGUGAAUGGCUUCACCCAAGAGGGCCCCUCGAAGCGCUCCAGGAACGUCUCACAAGCAGCGACGUCCAUCGGCGUUGGAAGCCAUCCGCCAGAACAAGCAAGCAGGACUGCGCUGCAUACGGAGCCCGCGCUUCACAGCAAGGAUGGGUCCUCUACGUGCGGCAUGGACAAGUCAGGCUACAGCAGUGGCUGCAAGAUUGCCGGAUGCACUUGCUCUGUCUUCCAGCACUGCUACCCGAAGUUUGAACAGGAGGAGGGGAAGGAUCAAAACGUGGGUGUUUGCGGCCUGGCGAUGUGGCUCAUGUCCUUCCUUUCUGCCGUGCUGUUUGGUGCAGUAGCCCGGUGCCCUGAGGUGACCAGGUCUUGCCUACAGUACGAAGACAAAACGAGGGAGCUGGCGAGGGAGAGCUCUACCAUACGUGCCAGAGCCGUGUGCCGAGACCCCUCUACAUUCUGGGAGUAG